CCCUCGCCCCGGCCCGCCCCCGCCCCCGCCGGCUUUUCCUUUUCGGCCCCCGGCGCCGGGGCCGGCUUCAGCUUUGGGAUCCCGGCCCCGGCCCCGGCCCCGGCGCCGGCCGGCGCACAGCCCGCUGGGCUUUUCUCCCUGCCUGCCCCGGCCACCUCCGCGCCGACCGCCGGCUUCAGCUUCGGGGCGCCUGCCACGGCCACGGCCACGCCCGCCCCCGCUGGGAACGUCUUCUCAUUGGGGGGAAAUGCACCAAAGUUAAACUUGGGAAGUAGUGGUACAACUCAGACUACAGGAAUUACAGGUGGCUUUGGACUUGGUAGCUCUGCACCAAGCAGUGCACCAUCUAGUCAGGCAGCAGCUCCUUCUGGGUUUAUUUUUGGCUGUACUACUGCCGCUACCACCACCACUACCACCCACUCUGGGUCAACUGGAGGUUUCAACUUUUCCACUGGGGGAGCAACCCAGACUGGUGCUCCCAACUUCAGUAUCGGCCCUAUGGGAAGCACAACACAGCAAGCCAUGCCUACAGGGUUAAGCUUUGGAGCAAUCCCAGCUGCUGCCAGCACUGCAGCAACCACAGCAGCUACCAUACAGCCAGUGACUGCCUUCAGCCUUGGGGUACAGUCUGCAGGUUUAAAUUUUGGAAUGCCAACAUCAACACCAGCCACUUCUGCACCCACAGGAGCACUGGUUCCUACUACUAGCCAGGGACCCACUCUAUCUUUUGGAGCCAAACCUGGAGGCUUGACUGCAACAUCCACAGCCCCUAUUGCCACCACCACUACCACCACGGCUUCCCUCCUUGGUUCAUCUGGGCCGACACUGUUUGCUUCCAUAGCUAGUUCUUCAGCACCAGCUUCCUCUGCGGCUACAGGCCUUUCACUUGGUGCCACCUCAACUGGAACUUCCACUCUUGGGACUCUUGGAUUUAGUUUAAAGGUCCCUGGAACAACAACUUCUGCAGCUGGCUCAACCACAAGUGCCACUUCUGCCCCUAACCUUGGCUUUGCUUUGAAUCUUAAACCAUUGACCACCACUGGUACCAUUGGUGCUGUGACUUCUACUGCUACUGUAACUACCACAACUACCAGCACUCCCCCAGUGAUGACAUAUGCCCAACUCGAGAGUUUAAUUAACAAAUGGAGUCUAGAACUGGAGGACCAAGAGAAGCACUUUCUCCAGCAGGCCACACAAGUCAAUGCCUGGGAUCGGACACUGAUAGAGAAUGGUGAAAAGAUUACUUCAUUACACAGAGAAGUGGAGAAAGUGAAACUAGAUCAGAAGAGGUUGGAUCAGGAGCUAGACUUCAUUCUGUCACAACAGAAGGAGCUGGAAGAUUUGCUGACCCCACUGGAGGAGUCUGUGAAAGAACAGAGUGGGACUAUCUACUUGCAGCAUGCAGAUGAGGAGCGGGAAAGAACCUAUAAAUUGGCAGAAAACAUAGAUGCCCAGUUGAAGCGCAUGGCACAAGAUCUUAAAGACAUCAUUGAGCACCUGAACACCUCCGGGGGCCCUGCUGACACAAGUGACCCACUCCAGCAGAUAUGCAAAAUUUUGAAUGCACAUAUGGAUUCAUUGCAGUGGAUUGACCAGAACUCGGCCCUGCUCCAGAGGAAGGUGGAGGAGGUGACAAAGGUAUGUGAAAGUCGCCGCAAGGAGCAGGAACGCAGUUUUCGGAUCACUUUUGAUUGAGCGAUUCAAGAAAACUUCCCGCUGGAAUAUUCAUCUGAUAAUCAUUAUGUAAAAACUUGUGGGGGUUGGGGGGUCAGAGUGAAUAUUAUGAUACCAUCUUGUUUUAUUACAAUAAAGUACUUUCCAUUCCAAA